CAUGAUUCUCGCAUUGCACUCAAAACGUUCUACACCAAUCUCUUUCUGGGUUUUCUCUUGUUUUGUUGCUUUUCAAUUUCACUACGAUGGCUAAGUCAACCAUUUUUUGCUUCAUGCUAAUGGCUUUGUUGGUUUCGACCACGGCACAAUCCCCUGCAUCUUCACCUUCGCCAACCUCAUUGCCACCAUCAACUUCUCCACCAGUCUUUGCUCCUGUUCCUUCUUCUCCGACUCCUGCGGAGGAGCCACCGGUUUCUGCUCCUUCUCCGAUGACGACUCCUCCAGUGGCUGCACCAUCUCCCGCUAAUGCUAACGUUCCUCCACAGCCUUCUACCGCUGCUCCACCAAACCCUCCGUCUUCAAUUUCCACUCCACCAUCUGUGGCUCCAGAGCCGUCGCACAACGGUGCCGUUUUGAACAGAAUUGCUGGCUCAGGAUAUAUUGUUUUUGGGCUGAUCACUGCCGCUUUGAUGACGUAGAGAUUUGAGCGAAACAUUGUGCUCCAUUCUUUUAUCAGUCCGCUUUACAUUUUUGUUUUUCUCUUUUAUUUUUCGAUUUUUUAAAUACAUAAUACAUGAAUUUUUAUGUUAUUUAUUUACAUAAUAAAAAAAUUUUGCCUUUUAA